UGAAGCAAAUUUGAUGUAGUUACAAAAAAGAUAAUAAAGUGGCAAAUAUUUUAAAUUAUAAAACAUGGUCAUAAUCAAAUCUUUCCAACAUUUUGAGGCUCGGAACCCUACUAUUUAGUGUUCUAAAAAUAUUUGUUGUGCAUACAUUUGGAUCUAAUUAAUAGUGGAACUAAAAAAAAAAACUCCGUGAAGUUUUGACUGUUCUAUCUUAGCACAAAAACUUCCUCGCGUUAGAAUUUCAGAAGCAUUCCAAAAUAAUCGUAUUGACAGUAAAGAGCUCUCAGGAUAAAGUGAUCUGGAUGCUGGAAUGGAUCAAGGAGGGCACAAAGAAGCUUACCGAAGACACUAGUAAAAUGCAGAAACAAUUGAACAAGCUUACUGAGAGUCACAAUGAACUACGCAAACAAUUGGAGUUACAUAUUAAUGGCUCUAGUGGUGAUGAUUCUUCUGCUCCCAGAUCCGAAACGAAACAUGCGCAGCAGCCACCAAAAUACCGACUAGAAUUCACAUGUGAGGUGAAUGACGAAAUUGAAAAGGGGCAAAUCAUAGAUACUAAAAAUAAUGGGAAAACAAUAAGUGUUGUUCUGUAUGAUGAUCAUAAUCAAAUUGUAGCAACUGGCCCCUUUGCUUCUGCAAGUGUUAUGUUGGUUGUUGUUAAUGGAGGGUUCAAUCAACAUGGUAAUCAAUACACUUGGUCCAGGAAGGACUUCGAGAGAAACAUAAAGAGACCAAGACAAGGAAAUUCAGUAAUGGAAGAUGAGCAUCAUCCUGUAGAAUCAACAGUGAGCAACUGCGUAUUUAAACUUGAUGGUGGGGUUAAAGGACACAGUGAUGCGACAAUUUUGUAUAACUCCAGUAAUAAAAAGGUCAGGCUUGGGGUGAUGGUAUUGUCACCGACAGAUGAACGAGUUCUAGAAGGGUUAUCAAAUCUUUUCUUUGUUCGAGGUCAUGACAGGCCGGCGAGGCAAUGCAACCCUCACAACAGCGGGUUAAAGAGACUAAAGCAUAAAGCUAGGGUUGGCUACGGUUAUCAAGAACGAAACGGUUCAAUGCUUAUCGUGCAAAACCCAUCAGUGACAAAUCUGGUUCAACCUGAGGAAAGCAGAUGUAAUCCAGCUGCAGGAACACCACUGUUUCCAGGAAACACUUUUACAGAAGCCAGUGCUUCAAUACCACAACAUCAAUUUUCUCAUCUGGGGACGACCAACAUAGGCAUAGCUUCGGCUACGUACAACCUACCUGCUGGAAAUGAACAAUUGCUGCUAUCGGGUGGCAACUUCGCGCACCCAGAUUUGGUAUCGCACGAUUAUUCCACAGGCAGUGAGAAUUUUCCAAAUGCUACAAAAGGUACGCACUUCAAUAUGGACCAAAUAGCACUUCCGGUGCAGCUCCUAUGGGAUGUGCCUAAUGUGGAGUCGACCAAGCGUUGGAGCCUUCUUGAUCAGCUCAUGCCACUGUAUAGUUGUGCACAAAAAUAUACCAAUUAUGAUUCACCUACUAUGGGCAUCAUGCCAAAGCUCUAUGUCUCACUGGCUAUCAUACCAAAGCAAGUCACGCAGAGCCGUCGGAAAAGAGGUGUUCUCAUCGAGCUACUUGAACUGGAGGACUCAGAUGAGAAACGACCAAGAAAGAGGAAGUCGCACACCAAAUAUCGAUUGCGAUUUGUGAAUAAGGUGAAUGAGGCCUAUUACACAAUGAACCCAAUAAAAGCAGAUGACGGGAGCCAUCUGAAAGUUGCUUUGUUCGAUGAGAACGACAUGAAGAUCACAUUUGGCCCCCUGUCUUCAGCUUCUGUUGAGGUCGUAGCUCUUCACGGUGACUUCAACGUCAAUGGUCAGGAUUACUGGACUUCGGAGGAGUUCAGUCAUUGUGUAGUGUGUCCAUGGCAUAGAAAAGAAGCAUCAGUCCUAGGAGGUGACCGCAUCUUAGUUCUUGCUGAGGGAGAGGCAUGUCUCGGUAACGCCUUUUUCCAGGUAACAUCCUUUCUAGCUAGAACUGGGAAGUUCAAGAUGGGCGUAAUGUUGGCCAGCGUCCAAGAAGAGAGAAUUCAAGAAGGGAUAUCGGAACCGUUAUUGGUGAAGGAUCGUCAGUUGGAAGGUCUGCCUCCAGCGUUCCGGUUCCACCCGACGGACGAGGAGCUGAUCUUGCACUACCUGUGCAACCGCGCUACCAUCCCCGAGGUGGACAUCUACAACAUGCAGCCUUGGGACCUGCCUGCCAGGGCAAAGUUUGGCGACUGCGAGUGGUACCUUUCCUGCUUUCCAAAAAAAGAGUGGCACAUUUUCUGCCACCGCAAGUACCCCAUCAGCUCUGGCUACUGGAUGGCUACCGGCAAAGCCAGAAGGCUCACCCUCUCCGGUGCUGCCGGCAAGAUGCUCGGCUCCAAGAGGAGGCUCGUCUUCCACCUACCCAGUGGCAAGAUGACAGGAUGGGUAAUGCACGAGUAUCACCUCCCUGACAACACCACCCUCAGGUCCAUCAUCAGUAGUACCACGGCCUCAUCGUCCACCUCCAGUACCAGGGACGAAUGGGUGCUGUGCAGAAUCUUCAAAAAGACAGACCUGCUGCAGCCUUCGCCGUUCCUGGACGACGAUGCCCCUGUAUCGCCGCUGCGAGAUUGCCGUCUCCAAGCAUUCCUUUCUGUUUAGAAAAAAAGAGGAGUCUCCGGCCUAUGCGACUUGAAGCGCCUCAGUUCCCACAAAGAGGAGAUAGAGAAGACCCAAGAAAAUCCUGGACACCACCUCACGAUCCAACCUACCACACAAAACUCGUUUAAACCCAACCUAUUAGCAAGCCGAUGUGGUAGUACCUUGUUUCCUGCAAGUUUAAAUCUCCAUUCUAUGGGUUACAAAAUGAACCAAGAAAUGAAUAGGUUGAAAGUCAUGUAAUAAUAUUCUUAGUUAUAUAUGUUAACAAAACAAUAUCGAAUGUAUAUAUAGCACACUAGCCCUAACUAAUGAUAGAGAUGUCAAGGGUGUCCUGAUAGUUGGUACACUUCUUCCCAAUUAA